ACUGGUAGGCUACCGGCAUAUGACAUUAUAGGAUGGGAAUCAUGUAAUUCAGCCCCCUCAGCCGGGCCAGAUUUAUAUCCGAAACAGACUGACUGACAUGUUCGUCUUGAACCGUAUAUAGGACUUCUGUCCAGAUCUCAAGCGCCACUGAACCCACAGUCGCGAGCCGGUGGAUGUUAGCUGUGGAUUUUAGUUUUGGGGCAUCAUUUUUGGCAGCAUAAAGGAAAUAAAAUAUUCGUUUCUUAUUUGGAUUGCACAUUACAACAGGCGUUAUGAUACUCAGGAGAAGUCUUUGCUUGCUGUUGAUGCUGGUGCUUUGCAUCAGUGCGCUACCUCAAGAUGACCAUGUGGAAGAUGAAUCUGCCUUCGACCUUUUCAAAAUCAGCGGCAUCAGUCGAAAGACGAUCGGUGCCAAGCUCUUCAAGGGCCACGACUGGAACUCUCCAGCGUACCGUUUCAUUCGUUUUGACCACGUCCCUGCUGUGAAAAUUACAAACCUCCAUCAGAUCCUAAAGCAGAUCCAAAACAAUGAGGGGUUUGUGUUUGUGGCCACUAUGCGACAGGAUAAGGGCUCCAGGGGAACCCUGAUUGGCUUGGAGAACUCGAGUGGGAGCAGACAGUUUGAGAUUCUGUCCAACGGUCGUGCCAACACGCUGGAUCUGAUCUACUUAGUUAAGGGAUCUCAGCAUGUUGUGUCCUUCGAAGAUGUGGACUUGUCCGAUUCACAAUGGAAAAACAUCACGCUGUACGUUCAUGGAGAAAACGCUCACCUCUACGUAGGCUGUAGCCUCAUUGACAGUGUGAUCCUGGAUGAGCCUUUCUACGAGCACCUGCAGCCAGAGGGCAGUCAGAUGUAUGUGGCCAAGGGAUCUAUCAGGGAAAACCACUUCAGGGGUUUACUACAAAAUGUACAGUUCCUUUUUGACACACCGGUAGAUGAUAUCCUGAGACAGAAAGGAUGUGAGAUCGCCAAACCUGAGGAAGUAAAUGUGGUAAAUGAAAGUACAGAGCCUGUGUCUGUGGGUACAUCCAUCUCCAGCAACUUCAUUGGACAGAAGGAGAAGUUGGCCUCGGAAAUGUGUGAGCGUUCAUGUGAGGAGCUCAGCACCAUGUUCCAGGAACUCAAAGGUCUCCGUAUCGUCGUGGGCAACCUCAUCGAUGGCUUACAGAAAGUGAAUGAGGAGAACACCGUGAUGAAGGAGGUCCUGGGGAACAUGAAGAACAUCAAAGACAAGCGCAUGUGUUGGCAAGAUGGCCGUCUCUUUGAGGAUAAGGAGGACUGGGUUGUGGACAGCUGUACUAAGUGCACCUGUCAGGAAUCAAAGAUUGUGUGCCAUCAGAUCACAUGUCCUCCAGUAGCCUGUGCCAGCCCGACUUUCCUGGAUGGAGAGUGCUGCCCGGUGUGCCUGCCUAAAGACAGUGAAGAUGGCUGGUCCCCUUGGUCAGAAUGGACAGAGUGUACGGUGACGUGUGGAACGGGCACCCAGCAAAGAGGAAGGUCAUGUGAUGCCACCAGUAACACCUGCAGCGGUCCGUCCAUCCAAACCCGCAGAUGCAGUCUGGGGAAAUGUGACAGUCGUGUCCGUCAAGAUGGUGGUUGGAGUUUGUGGUCGCCCUGGUCUUCUUGUUCAGUGACAUGUGGAGAAGGGCAGAUCACACGAAUCCGCCAUUGUAACGCCCCUGUACCUCAAAUGGGAGGAAAGGACUGUGAGGGCAUCGGGAGAGAGACGCAAAAGUGUGAAGCCAAACCUUGUCCAAUUGAUGGAGCUUGGGGCCCGUGGUCUCCUUGGGCGAUUUGUUCCACCACCUGUGGAGGAGGAACAAGAACUCGAACUCGUGUGUGUAACAGCCCUCGACCACAGUACGGCGGCAAAAAAUGUCCGGGAGAGUUCAAGGACAAUGAAGCCUGUAACAAGCAUGACUGCCCUGUGGAUGGUUGUCUCUCUAACCCUUGCUUUGGAGGCGUUGACUGCACUAGCUUUCCCGAUGGCUCGUGGGAGUGCGGGCCCUGCCCUGUCGGUUUCCGUGGUAACGGAACAUUGUGUGAGGAUGUUAAUGAGUGUGACAUGGUGCCUGACGUCUGCUUUAAGUUUGGUGAAUCCAGCGUCAACUGCGUCAACACGGAUCCGGGUUUCCACUGUUUGCCUUGCCCUCCUAGAUACAAAGGCAAUCAGCCUUUUGGAAUGGGAGUAGAGGCUGCCAAGCAAAAUAAACAGGUGUGUGAACCAGAAAAUCCCUGUAAGGACAAGACCGACAAUUGCCACAGGUCUGCUGAGUGUCUCUACCUGGGCCACUUCAGUAACCCCAUGUACAAAUGCGAGUGUAAAAUCGGCUACGCCGGUGACGGCAUCAUCUGUGGUGAGGACUCUGACCUUGACGGCUGGCCCAAUCAUAACCUGGUGUGUGGAGCCAACCAAUCCUACCACUGCAAGAAGGACAAUUGUCCCAACCUUCCAAACUCAGGACAAGAAGACUUUGAUAAAGAUGGUCAGGGAGACGCCUGUGACAAAGAUGAUGAUAAUGAUGGAAUCUUGGAUGAAGUGGACAACUGUCCACUACUGUACAAUCCCAGGCAGUUCGAUUACGACAAGGACCUUGUUGGUGAUCGCUGUGAUAACUGCCCGUACGAGCACAACCCCGCUCAGAUCGACACGGACGGUAAUGGCGAGGGAGAUGCCUGCGCGGUGGACAUCGAUGGAGACGGGGUUCUGAAUGAAGAUGAUAAUUGCCCGUACGUAUACAAUAUUGACCAGAAGGACACAGAUAAGGAUGGAGUGGGUGACCAAUGUGAUAACUGUCCUCUAUUGCACAACCCUGAGCAGGCAGAUUUAGAUAAUGAUCGAGUUGGUGACGAGUGUGACAACAAUCAAGACAUCGAUGAAGACGGCCAUCAGAACAAUCUGGAUAACUGCCCUUACAUACCCAACGCCAACCAGGCUGAUCACGACAAUGAUGGCAAAGGAGAUGCUUGCGAUUUCGACGAUGACAAUGAUGGAAUCCCUGAUGAAAAAGACAACUGCAGACUGGUGGCCAACAAAGACCAACUUGACUCUGAUGGGGAUGGACGAGGUGAUGCCUGCAAAGACGAUUUCGACAACGACAGUGUUCCAGACAUUUUGGACGUUUGCCCUGAGAACAAUGCCAUCACUAGUACCGACUUCCGAAAGUUUCAGAUGGUGCAUUUGGAUCCCAAAGGGACUACCCAGAUGGAUCCCAACUGGGUGGUCAGGCAUCAGGGCAAAGAGUUGGUUCAGACUGUCAAUUCUGACCCCGGUAUUGCUGUGGGUUUCGAUGAGUUUAGCGCAGUGGACUUCAGUGGCACUUUUUACGUCAACACCGACAGAGAUGAUGACUACGCUGGCUUUGUUUUUGGCUACCAGUCAAGCGGGCGAUUCUAUGUGGUUAUGUGGAAGCAGAUUACUCAGACAUACUGGGAAGACAAACCGACCAAAGCCCUUGGCUUCUCCGGGGUUUCACUGAAAGUGGUCAACUCCACCACAGGCACAGGGGAGCAUCUGCGUAACGCCCUGUGGCACACAGGGGAUACACCUGGACAGGUCAGGACGCUGUGGCACGACCCUAAGAACAUCGGCUGGAAAGAUUACACCGCCUACAGGUGGCAUCUCAUCCACAGACCCAAAACCGGCUUCAUUAGAGUGGUGGUUUAUGAAGGGAAACAGAUCAUGGCGGACUCGGGCUCUGUUUAUGAUAAGUCGUACGCAGGAGGGAGAUUAGGACUCUUUGUGUUCUCUCAAGAAUUAGUUUACUUCUCUGAUCUUAAGUAUGAAUGUCAAGAUAACUGAACAAGAAGAGAAAAGAAAGCUUUAAGAGACUUUAGCACAGUUACACAUUUAUAAACAAUCUGACUUAAAACCAAAGACUUUGAAGGAAAAUGAUGGAAUGAAACCAAAUCCCAACCACAAUGAUCCUAAGGAAAAACAUCAAACAUCAGCACAUUUAUAUUUUAAUCAUAGAGAUGGUUUUAAACUAGAAAACAUCAUUGAAAGCAAUUUUGAUGAUUCAAGUUUGUCAAAGUUGGGGUUUCAUUUUUGUAUUUCUUCACAAACUUUCGAGGAAACAGAAUCACAAACAUUCAUCGUUCAUUUCCCAAUGCCUUUUAUCAGCUUUACCAAUCUUGCACAAAAUGUUGUAUUUCCUUUGUAUUUAACUAUUGUGCAGAAUGACAUAUUUCUUUUUCUACAACCCUCAUUUUUAACAGGGCCUUUGGGUUUGAUCGACAUAUACAUGUUUUAGAGACCUGUGAGAUGAAGAUGUUUAUAUUAAGCCUGUAUCAUAAUAACUUGUGUAAAUUAUUUAUAUGACUCUUGCAACUCAGUAUCAAGUUUGUGUCUAGUUUAUUGCAAUGCUUUCAGAACCUAGACAUUGUAAAUACUAAUUUAUUUGUUUACACUGACAACAUUUGAAUGUUGCAGAUUUUGUUUAUUGUUGUGCUUACAGACAAUCACUUUUUGACUUCAUGCCUGUGCUGUUUUGCAUCAUUCAGUACUUGACAGAAACGUUUUUAAAUGUGAGGAUUAAGUGAUGGUUUUGGUCUACUUUUGUAUAUUCACACUGCAUCUGUUACAUUAAACAUAAAUGUGCUGGUCUUAAACUACUUUUUUCUAUGUUUCUCACUGGAGAAAAUGAGACAUUAUAGGACUAGCAUUCUGUAGUCUAUAUAAGAAGGUAUAAAGUUAAAUAUCAGUUGUGUCAUUUAAUACCCAGAUUGUUUGAGCCUAAAGAUUGAUCCAUGUGUUUUGUAUUUUUGCUUUUUUUACUCAUAAUCAUAUUACAUAUUUUGUAAAAAGUGCAAUAACUUUGAUUUUUAUGCAACAACCCCAGAAAACCUUGUAAAGUUUUCUAUAAUUGUUAUUUGCAGUUUGUUUUUUUACAGAUUUUUCUUAAAUAAAGGUUUACACAAA